AUGUCUGACGCUGCCAGGACUAUGGACGGCGUUUUUGCUGUUCACAAACCAGCCGAUAUUACCUCCGCACAAGUUCUUCGUGAUCUCCAGAAGCAAUUCAAUCGAUCAGAGUUCUUUAAACCCUGGCUAGAAGCAGAGCGUCAAAGGUUGAGAGAGGAGCCCUCUUGGAAUAACCGUCGUCGAGGCAAAAAGUCGAAGUGGAUAGACGUCAAGCUUGGCCAUGGCGGAACACUGGAUCCAAUUGCUACUGGAGUCUUGAUUACAGCCGUAGGCAAAGGCACAAAGCAGCUCAACAACUUUCUGGCCUGCACAAAAACGUACGAGGCCGUCGUGCUCUUUGGUGUUGCAACAGAUAGUUAUGAUCGUGUUGGGAAGGUCGUGAGCCGCGCACCCUACGAGCAUGUUACAAGGGAGAAGGUGGAGGAGGCGUUGAAGCAAUUUCGCGGCAAGAUAAUGCAGCGGCCUUCUAUAUUCUCCGCAUUGAAAGUGAAUGGAAAGAAACUCUAUGAAUAUGCGAGAGAGGGUAAAGAGCCUCCGGCCGAAAUCCUAGAAAGACCUGUCGAGGUUUCAAAUCUCGAAAUUGUUGAAUGGUAUGAAGGGGGCUCACAUAAAUACGUGUGGCCCACCGAAGAAGCAGGCGGGCCGGAGAAAGAUGUUGCGAAGAAGAUGCUUGCAAAGGGCUCUUCUUCUAGCCCAGCAACGAAUGAUUUUGCCGUUGGUGAGAACUCAGACCAGAAAGAAGGGACAAGCCACAAAAGGAAAUCCCCACCACCAUCAGAUACAGCUGAUAAAAAGCUACAGAAAGGCAUACAGGAAGGUGAAUCUAUCCUUCCGGCAAAGAGACGGAAGUUGGACUCGGAAGAUCAGAGUGACCAAAAUACUACAAGUGAAAACAAAGAAAUAUCGUCUACAACCACACCUGCAGCAGAACCGGAGCCAUCCGAAAAACCUCCUGCCGUAAAGCUGACGAUGACCGUAUCUUCGGGGUUCUAUGUUAGGUCACUAUCCCAUGAUCUAGGACUUGCUCUUGGAAGCAAUGCCAUAAUGAGCGAGCUGGUACGGACGAGACAAGGGGACUUCGAACUAUCUCCCGAUAAGACUCUCCAAUAUUCGGAUAUGGAAGCCGGCGAGAGUGUAUGGGCCCCUAAGCUCCAGCGGUUCUUAGACGAAUGGAAGGAUAAAGGGACCCAGCAGACUGAGCCUUCGGUUUAUGAUACGCCUGUUGCAGCAGAUGCCAAUGAGGCAUAA